AUGUCCAUCGCACAUACUCUAGGUUUUCCUCGCUUUGGCGCUCAUCGCGAACUCAAACAGGCACUGGAGCGCUUCUGGAGUGGCAAGAGCUCGCUCGCAGAGCUACUGGAGGCUGGAAAAGCGAUCCGCGCAGCGCAGUGGUCAGCGGAGUCGCACGCUGGACUUGACUUUGUCACCGUGAAUGACUUUUCCUUCUACGAUCAUGUUCUUGACGCGAGCGCUAUGCUGGGUGUCGUCCCGGCUCGCUUUCGGGACGCAAAAGCGGCUGAUGCAGACCUCGACGUUUACUUCCGAAUGGCGCGUGGACGAAGCCAAGCCGGGUCUUCCAAAGCUGACGUACCUGCUUGCGAAAUGACCAAGUGGUUUGAUACAAACUACCACUACAUCGUACCGGAGCUAGAGGAAAACCAGCACUUUGCGAUCUCGUCGCGGAAACUCUUCGACGAGAGCGCAGAGGCACUUGCUGCUGGAUAUAGGCCGAAGCCGGUCAUUCUUGGACCAUUGACGUUUCUGUGGCUCUCAAAGAGCGCUGGCAAGGAAUUUGAUCGCCUUUCGCUUCUGAGUCGUCUGGUGCCCGUGUAUGAGGAGGUUCUGCGAUCGUUGGACGCGCGCAUCGAAUGGAUCCAGCUGGACGAGCCGAUCCUGGCCCUGGACCUUCCCCAAGCGUGGCGGACGGCGUUCCCACAGACCUACCAAGCAUUGGCGCGUGCAACACAGAACCGCAAGCUGCUCGUGGCGACGUAUUUUGGAGGCAUUCUGGAAAAUCUCGAGAUCGCCACCGCACUGCCAGUGCAUGGACUGCAUAUCGACGCAGUGCGCGCACCGGACCAACUGGAUCAAGUCCACCAGCAAUGGCCUCGCGAACGCGUUCUCUCUGUCGGUAUGAUUGACGGACGCAAUAUCUGGCGCACGAACUUGAACGAGGCGCUGAAGAAGCUCCAGCCUAUCUACAAAGAGCGUGGCGAUCAGCUCUGGAUUGCACCAAGCUGUUCCCUGCUCCACACACCCGUAGACUUGAAUAAUGAGACUCGUCUUGAUGAAGAACUCAAGUCUUGGCUCGCCUUUGCCGUUCAGAAACUAGAAGAGACGCACAUCCUGAAGCAGGCGCUUGCAUCGGGCCCCGAUACCGUACGUGCAGCGCUCGACGCGAACGCCCAUGCGAUCGAGUCACGCCGCCGCUCGCCGCGCACGCGAAAUCCGCUGGUGCGGAAUCGCAUCGCGAAUAUCACGGAUGCCAUGAAGCGGAGAUCGCAGGCGUACGCGAUGCGUGCGCAGGCGCAGCGGGAAAAACUGAAGCUGCCGCUGCUUCCGACGACAACGAUCGGCUCGUUUCCUCAAACAGCAGAAAUCCGUUCUAUUCGACGACAGUAUAAGAGCGGCAAAAUUUCUGAGCAGGACUAUGUGAAAGCGAUGCGUCACGAGAUCGAGCAAGUUGUCCAGAAACAAACGGAGCUUGAUCUGGAUGUGCUGGUGCACGGUGAGCCCGAGCGUAACGACAUGGUUGAAUACUUUGGUGAGUUGCUCGAGGGGUUUGCCUUUACCCAGAACGGAUGGGUGCAGAGCUACGGCUCACGGGGCGUGAAACCACCGAUUAUCUAUGGGGAUGUUUCGCGCCCCGCUCCGAUGACCGUGGAGUGGAUUCGUUUUGCGCAGUCCCUGACAUCGCGCCCGAUGAAAGGCAUGUUAACAGGACCCGUUACCAUCCUGCAGUGGUCGUUUGUGCGUGAUGAUCAGCCGCGCUCGGACACCGCGUUCCAAAUCGCACUGGCGCUUCGGAACGAAGUGAGCGAUCUGGAGGCUGCGGGUAUUAACGUGAUUCAAAUCGAUGAACCGGCGCUGCGGGAAGGUCUACCUCUGAAGGCCUCUCAGCGUGACGCGUAUCUCAAAUGGGCCGUCGAUGCAUUCCGCCUCUCCUCUGGUGGCGCAGCCCCGAGCACGCAAAUUCACACUCACAUGUGCUACGCGGAAUUCAAUGAAAUCAUUGAAUCGAUCGCUGCGCUGGACGCGGAUGUGAUCUCCAUCGAGUCAUCUCGCUCGCGCAUGGAGCUGCUGGAAGUAUUCCAGCGCUUCGAAUACCCGAAUGAGAUCGGACCCGGCGUAUACGACAUUCACUCACCUCGUGUUCCGAGCAAGGAGGAAAUCAGCGAGCUCCUUCACGCAGCGGCGCGAUACAUCCCCGUGUCGCGGCUCUGGGUGAACCCUGACUGCGGUUUGAAAACGCGUGGCUGGCCCGAAGUCAUGGAGUCGCUCGCAAACAUGGUCGCAGUGGCCAAGGCUAUGCGCGCCGAAUAUGGGAAAGAGUAG